GAGAGAGAGAGAAAGACAGAGAAAUAAAGAGAGAGAGAGAAAGAGAGAAAGAGAGAGAGAAAGAGAGAGAAAGAGAGAGAAAGAGAGAGAGAGAGAGAGAGAGAGGAGACUGACGGAACCACAAAAGGAGACAUGAGCUACAGAACAAGUACCAAGGCCGUUGUGGGGAUCACAUCUAGAUGUUCAGAUCAGGACGUGCAAUGGUUAAUGGAGUUCAUCAAAGGGACAUUUUGGGAAGUCGUAGCCGAUGUGAGGUUUCUGCCGAUCACCAACCGGAACACAUUGGAGUGGGAGGAGAGAGUGUGCAGAUGCUCGGUGGGGAUCCUGUAUCACACCAAACGUCACGGACGGCUGAACAUCGUGGAUAUAGAUGGAGCUUUAUAUGAUGAGGAACUCAGAUCACUCUACAGAAUUCUGGGUAAGAGUAAGGUCCUGGUGGUGUUGGAUGAUGUGGAGGAUUGUUCUGACAGAGAAAGGUGGAGGGUCCUGGAGACACAACCCAGCCUUAGAGAUCUAUCCUCUCAGCUCCUCCUCUUCACAGAAAAAGGCAAAAAAGAAGAAGCCUUAAAGAAGAUGACAGAGUUCCUUAAGGCCUUUGGCUACAAUACAGUAGCUCGGGAUCUCAAAACCAACACCAAUAAUUCUACAGAGAUAAAGAAUAUGGUGAAGUCGGAGGAUCAAAGCAGAUGGAGUGUUUUGAAAUCUAUUUUACCCAGUUUAAAAAGUGAGAAAAGCGGUGAAACGUCUUCAGGUUCCAUACAGAAUCUAAAUCAGAAACAAAUACAGCCAAAAAAUAGUCACCACGUCACCAAAAGACUGAAAAUUAACGUCUUCUCGAGGUCUGCGCAGAGUAACUAUGUGUGGUUGGUGGAUAGGCUGAGGACAUUGGACCGGUCUAUAGAUGUCCAUGGAGUCUACAUCACUAAUAGUUACACAGGAUUUUACCAAGAGAUCUCACAGUGCUCAUUCGCCAUCUUGUACCACACACAGAAACAGGGACGACUCAACAUCACGGACGUCACCGACUCCUUGUACAAUGAGGAGCUCAAAGAUCUGUCUAAAUGUCUUGGGAAGGAAAACGUCAUUGUGGUGGUCGAUGAUCUGAAGAAAGCUGACCAAUCAGAGAAGAGGAGGAUACUGGAAGGACAGCCCAGCAUUACAAGACUAGCCUGGGAUCUAUAUCUGUUCAGUGAGAAAAAGGAGAACAAUGAUAACUUUGAAGAAAUAAAGAAAAUUAUAUGGAAGAAAAUACCAACCUGGGAUAACAUGGACACUGAUUAUUCACAGGAUGAUUUUGACAGGAAAUCUACAAAGUCAGCCAAGCCUGGAACGAGCCUGGGUCAGGAACAUCCCCAGAACAGAGAAGAUGACCAUCCCCCACCUCCAGGGACUUCAUUUACAGCAUAUAGUAAAGAGAGAGAUGUGUCCAGUGCUAGGGAUAUAACCUGGAAGAGUGACCAUGAUUCAGGAGAACCAGAGGUGAAAAAAAUGUCUCUAGACCUCACAAGGUUAAAUCUUCAGAGUCCUGAGGCUGCAGCUCAGGUGGACAACACAUUUGAAGAUGCUUAUGCAAAAUGGAAGAAUUUGAAGAAAAUAAUGAAAGCAGAUCAUACAAAAAUGGAGGUAGAAAUACAAAGGCUGCACCAGGAAAAUAAGGAACUUCAAAGUAAAAACAGAAGCCUACUCAAUAAGAUGAGUGAAAAUGAGAAUGUUCAACAAAAGAUCCUAAAAGAGAAAAAGAGGACCAUAGAGAAGAAGCAACAUGAUAUAGAGACGCUCCACAAAGAUCUGCAGGGCAAGGAAAGGACCUUAAAGGAGAAAGACGAGGUCAUCCAGCAGAACGGGCAGACAAUUCAAGAACUAAAGAAGAGACUAAGAGAAAAAGAAGAACAACUAACAAAUGAGAUUAAAAACAUUAAAGAGAAACAACUCACUAUAGAGACGCUCCACAAAGAUCUGCAGGGCCAGGACAGGACCUUAAAGGAGAAAGACGAGGUCAUCCAGGAGAACGGGCAGACAAUUCAAGAACUGAAGAAGAGACUAAGAGAAAAAGAAGAACAACUAACAAAUGAGAUUAAAAACAUUAAAGAGAAACAACUCACUAUAGAGACGCUCCACAAAGAUCUGCAGGGCAAGGAAAGGACCUUAAAGGAGAAAGACGAGGUCAUCCAGGAGAACGGGCAGACAAUUCAAGAACUGAAGAAGAGACUAAGAGAAAAAGAAGAACAACUAACAAAUGAGAUUAAAAACAUUAAAGAGAAACAACUCACUAUAGAGACGCUCCACAAAGAUCUGCAGGGCAAGGAAAGGACCUUAAAGGAGAAAGACGAGGUCAUCCAGGAGAACGGGCAGACAAUUCAAGAACUGAAGAAGAGACUAAGAGAAAAAGAAGAACAACUAACAAAUGAGAUUAAAAACAUUAAAGAGAAACAACUCACUAUAGAGACGAUCCACAAAGAUCUGCAGGGCCAGGACAGGACCAUCAAGGAGAAAAACACAGCAUUCGAGAAGAUGAAACAGGAAAUUCAACAGCUACGAAAAUAUAUUCAGAACAUGGAGAAUAGAUCAAGGCAAGAGCACGAUGGACACAACUGGAAACAAGGAAUCCAAGCUGGAGAAUCACAACGAUGUGAAGAGAGGAGCCCAAUACCCCGACAAGAAAAUGAACAUGAACACGGGGGUCAGGACUUUCAAAAAGGAUUUAACUCGAUGGAGGAAGGUUCUCUACAGCACAGAACCCACAGUAAUACUGGUGCAAUGUGUAAUUCGUGGAAGAACGCUACAGAGAAACUAAGCUUAACUCCAGAGAAUGACCAGAUAGAGCAGAUGAAAUGUACAAUAGAGCAACAGGAUGAAGAAAUCCAAAAGCUUGAAACCAAAAUAAAACAACAGAUGUCAACACUGGAGGGAAAUGCUUUACUUAUAAAUGAUCUACUGAAUGUAAUACAUGGAGGAAAAGAAAAAUGUUAAUCAAAGUCUCAUCUCUAUGGAUACUACAACCCAGAAUUCUCCAUAUGUCUUCCUCCAUAGAAGCAGCCAAAGCCUGGGAGAUCCUUUAUAUAUAGAAGUUCUACUGCCCAGGAUUUUUAGUAACAGAUUGAAUCUUUAUUAAUUGAUUUAUUUGUUUUAAAUAAAACUACCACCCAAUAUAUGUAACUCACUAAUAUAGUGUUAUUACAGAUUGUACUGGCUUCAGCAUGUUAUUGUAUCAUUCACCCCUGAAAGAAAGUUGUGUAGUCUUCUCAUUGUCAGUGUGGUGUUGUCUCAGCAGCUCCCUCACUCCCCCCUCUCUCCUGACAAGAAGUUGUGUAGUCCUCUCAUUGUCUGUGUGUUGUCUCAGCAGCUCCCUGUCCCCUCCCUUUCUCAUAACAGGAUGUGUUGUAGUCCACUCAUUGCCAAUGUGUUGCUUUCUCAGCAGAUCCCUGGCUUCUCCAUAUUUCCAAUAUAUCAACAUAUCAUCUCCUGUGGUUUCAGAAGGCAUGGCUGGAUCUUGUCUCUGACCUCUAGCCCUGCCCCCUGAGUGAUGUCAUCACCUCUGACCACCAUCUCUGUCAUAAAGAUAUUUACAUAUAUAUCUUCAUUGGGGAAUUUAGGGAAGAUUGGAGUUACAGCCCGCUGCCUUGUGCUGAACAAUGUCACAGGCAGAGAAGCAGACAGGAAAUGUAUACAACAGUUCUUGGUAGGGACCUGGCAGGAGUGCUGUGAAAUAGGAGUAGGCAAGGUAGGAGUACUAUGCUGAGGGAUAGCAAUACAUUGGGGGAAUUGUAGUACUGAGCAACUGCUCAACCAGGAAGUACAACCAGAAAGUACAGGACUUAGAACGCACAAAUUGAUUUCUGGUGGUUUCAGAACUGGGAUAGACAUAAGCAAUAAUAUAUAUUUCUGCUAAGGAUCCAUAGUGUACCCUAUACAGAGGUAGGUGGAGAUUUUUUUUUCCCCAGUAAUUCCCCAUGAAUGACUAUUUCAUGUUCAGCUAUAUUCAAUAUUACAUAACUGUUCUCCUCGAGAGGUUUUGGGAAAAAUGUGAGGCUCCGCAGAUUAUAUAUUGGUCCCCAGUGAGUCAUCAUGUCCAUGACACCCUCAUCUGUAUCCUAGCUAAUACUGUAAUCCAAAACAUUCCAAAAAAGACUCCAUUUACAUUUCACUGACCAUUAUAUAUGGUUGAAUAGGUUCAUUUAUCUUGUCCUCCAUUUACCUCUGGAAUUAUUCCCGCCUUACCAUGGCCUGUGAGCCGGUCACGAUGUUUGUUGAUUUGUUAUUAACAACUAUGAAACUAAU